UAAAGGCACAGAGCUGGUAAAGGCACCCAGCCAGCAGCUGCUCCUGCAGGUCACUCCUCAGCCGGAGCUCCCCCUCCAGCACAGCAGGAUGCUCAAGUCUGUCACAGAAAGCUUCGCCAGCAUGAUUCACGGCUUGAAAGUGGACCAUCUGACAGAUGGUGUCAUUCAGAGGAGCAAGAGGAUGAUCCUGGAUUCUCUGGGCGUUGGUUUCCUGGGAACAGGCACAGAAGUAUUUCACAAAGUCACCCAAUAUAGUAAAAUCUACAGUUCCAACACCUCCAGCACUGUUUGGGGUCGACCGGACUUCAGGCUCCCACCCACAUAUGCUGCUUUUGUUAACGGCGUCGCUGUUCACUCCAUGGAUUUUGAUGACACGUGGCACCCUGCCACCCACCCUUCUGGGGCUGUCCUACCAGUCCUCACAGCUUUAUCGGAAGCCUUGCCUCAGACUCCGAAGUUUUCUGGCCUUGACCUGCUGCUGGCAUUCAAUGUUGGUAUUGAAGUACAAGGACGAUUAAUGCACUUCUCCACGGAAGCCAAGGACAUACCCAAGAGGUUCCAUCCUCCCUCUGUGGUAGGGACUUUGGGAAGUGCUGCUGCUGCAUCCAAGUUUUUAGGGCUCAGCUUGACAAAGUGCCGAGAGGCCCUGGCUAUUGCUGUUUCUCAUGCUGGGGCCCCCAUAGCAAAUGCUGCCACUCAGACCAAGCCCCUUCACAUCGGCAAUGCAGCCAAGCAUGGGAUGGAAGCCGCGUUCCUGGCAAUGCUGGGUCUCCAAGGAAACAAGCAGAUCUUGGACCUGGGGUCAGGGUUCGGUGCCUUCUAUGCCAACUACUCCCCCAAAGGUCUUCCAAGCCUGGAUUCUCACAUCUGGCUGCUGGAUCAGCAAGAUGUGGCCUUCAAGAGCUUCCCGGCGCAUCUGGCUACCCACUGGGUGGCAGAUGCAGCUGCAGCUGUGAGAAAGCACCUCGUGGUUUCAGAAAGAGCCCCGCUUCCUACUGACCACAUCGACAGAAUUGUGCUCAGGAUCCCCGAUGUCCAGUAUGUAAACAGGCCCUUCCCAGACUCCGAGCAUGAAGCUCGCCAUUCCUUCCAGUACGUGGCCUGCGCCAUGCUGCUCGAUGGCAGUGUCGCUGUCCCGUCCUUCCACAGCCAGCAGAUCAAUAGGCCAGAGGUGAGAGAGCUGCUCGAGAAAGUGGAGCUGGAACACCGUCCUGACAACCUGCCAAGCUUUAACACACUGUACUGUGAGAUAAGCGUCACUCUUAAGGAUGGCACCACCUUCACGGAGCGCUCUGAUACCUUCUAUGGUCACUGGAGGAAACCACUGAGCCAGGAGGACUUGCAGAAGAAGUUCCGAGCCAACGCCUCGAAGGUGCUGUCUCGGGACACAGUGGAGAGCCUCAUAAGGGUAGUAGGAAACCUAGAAAACCUAGAAGACUGUUCCACAUUAACCACACUUCUGAAAGGACCUUCUGUCCAAGAGGAAGCCUCAAAACUAUCCCACAUGUUCUCCUUCCAUCACACAACUUUGCACUAGAGGAGAUUCAAUUGUUUGCUUUAUUGCCCCAUCCACCCAGCAAUGAACAGAGCAAAGUAGAGAGUCCAUAAACAGAUAAGUGUAUUUGGAAGGAGUCUUGUCCUACAAGCUUAAUAGGGCCAUUCCUGCUACCUUCGAGAUAAUAUUCAAGAAACAAACAACACACAACCUUCUGUGUAUUCCCAAGGGUAAAGUCUAAGACCCUGUGAUCUGCUUAUAAUCUUUUCUGAGUAAUUAUUUAUUAACUCUGGGAACUCCACACAUGCUGCUGGCUGCAGGUGGAGCAAGCUCUGGUCUGGGUCCCCGCCUAUCCAGAGAGGACGGGUAGUGCCCAACCCUCCUGUCUGCAAUGGCUGGGUUGAGAGAUCGGCGGGUUUAACAUUGCUUCCUUCUUUCCACACAUAGCCCUGAGUAUGGAGCCAAGAUUCUUCUGCUUCAGGGCCUCUACUGAAGACAUAAAAGACAGUCUGGGAUGGGGUAGGACAGUUUGACUUAGGACCCCCAGUCUCACUCUUUACAACAGAUAAUGAUAAUAAUCUGUUAGCUCAAAAAAAUUGGACAGAUGACAAGUCAGAGAUACAAUAAAAAUGAAAAGGGAAAAAGAUGUAAAUGUGUGAGUAAUGGAAAUAUUAACUAUAAAACAUAGAAAUGCCACAUUAGCAACCAUGAUACAUAUGUUCUGAAUUCCUGGUGUUUUCAAGAAAAGAAUGGGACUUUUAGCUCCGGAUGUUGACUUUCAAGCAUCGAUGUGGAAAUGUGUUGGGCGACUGUUUGAGAACGUCAGCAGAAUAUAUCACUUCCCAGUUCAUAGGAGGAGAAAAAUGUAAUUAGAAAAAUGAUAAUCCAAGGGAAGCAAAGA